AUGGCAGCAGCUAGUGGCGAGAGCCAGCUGCAGCGGAUUAUCAGAGACUUGCAAGAUGCUGUGACUGAAUUAAGUAAAGAAUUUAAAGAAGGAGGGGAACCAAUCACAGAUGACAGUGUCAACUUGCAAAAAUUCUCCUACAAGCUUGAGUACCUUCUACAGUUUGACCAGAAAGAAAAAAACACAUUGCUGGGAAACAGAAAAGACUACUGGGAUUAUUUCUGCGACUGUCUGGCAAAAGUCAAAGGAGCUAAUGACGGAAUCCGCUUUGUUAAGUCUAUUACGGAACUACGAACAUCUCUUGGAAAAGGAAGAGCAUUUCUUCGUUACUCCCUGGUUCACCAAAGGCUGGCAGACACCUUGCAGCAAUGCUUUAUGAACACCAAGGUGACCAGUGACUGGUACUAUGCAAGAAGUCCAUUUCUGAAUUCCAAAAUGAGUUCUGACAUUGUGGGUCAUCUCUACGAGCUCACUGACGUUCAGUUUGACUUGGCAUCAAGAGGCUAUGACUUAGAUGCUGCUUGGCCAGCAUUUGCCAGGAGAACGCUGUCCUCGUUUGGAUCUUCAGCAUAUUUAUGGAAGCCCCCAAGCCGCAGUUCCAGCAUGAGUAGUUUAGUGAGCAAUUAUUUACAGGCCCAAGAGUUUCCCUCCAGCCCUGAUGCAAAUAGCUCACUAAAUGUUGAACACCUCGAGGGCUUUGAAGAGAUGCGUGUAGAACUUGACCAGGCUGAGCUGAGGCAGAGGGAACUUCAAGAUCGUAUUCACCAGCUAGAAAUGGAAAACCGGGAGCUCCAGGCAGCUGUCAGCCUUCAGAAGGAACAGGUACAGGUAGAAAAGGAGAAGAGUGGUAACUACAGCGAGGAGAACUCCCGGCUGACAGAGAUGAUCACAGAGUUACAGAAGCAGUGUGAGGUCUCGCACUCAACUCAGAGCACUCUGCAUGACCUGCAGAAGUGCCUCCAGUCACUGGAACUGAAUGCCGGGGAGCAGCAGAAGGAAUAUUCAUCAAAGCUGCAGCAGCUGGUGACCAGCAAGGAGGUCUGUGCCUCAAAACUGCAGGUGUUGAAUCAGGAACUGGAGGCCUCCAGGGCUUCGGUUGCUAUGAAGGAUCUUUGCGUUGAUGAGCUCAAAGCCAACCUGAGUUCCACAGAACAGAAGAGCCUCAACCUACUUGCAAGAGUUGAUGCUGCCUUGGAGGAAAAGGGACAGCAAGCCACAGCCUGCCUUGACUCUGCCCUACAGAUACGGGCACUGUUAGAGAAGCUUCAGGAGACAGAAGAGGAGAAGGCAGAUAUACAAAGACUCAAUGACGAACAUGUAUCUCAGUUGAAAGCAGCAAGGGAGGAGCUGCAGCUGAAAGAAGAGGCACAGAAAGAACUGGAAUCCAGAUACCAUCGCCUCACUGCUGACUCCAAAGAAGAGAGUGAAAAGCUGCUUGGGAGCCUGGAAACCAUGGCAAAGGAAAUGGAUGCACUUCAGAAGGCCCUGACCCUGAAAGGAAAGGAGAUGGCUGAGCUCCAGACCCAGGUAAUGGGGUCGUUGGCUCAGGUGGGGUCACUGGAAAAAGAUCUUGAGGAAGCAAGGAAAGAAAAAGAGAAACUUGAGGAGGAGUGUGGUAGGAGAGGAGUGCUGAAGCAGGAAGUCCAGUCUCAAGCAGAGCAACUUGAACUACAGGAGGGUCACUUAACAAAGGUGAGUCAGACUGUGCAUAGCCUUGAGGAGCAAAACCGGAAACUCUUGUCUGAGAAAGAGCAUCUCAGCCAGAAGGUCAAGGAGCUGGAGGAGCAGAUGGAGCAGCAAAACUCUGCAGUGAGUGAAAUGGGUGAAGAGACGAGGAGGCUGAAAGCAAAGAAUGUAAAUUUGAAGCAGUCCAAGGAGAAGAUGGAAGGGAAGCUGAAAAAUGUGGAAGCUUCUAAAGCUUCCCUGGAAGCUGAGGUGGCCAGGCUGAGAGCCUCUGAGAAACAGCUUCAAAGUGAGAUAGAUGAUGCCCUGGUGUCCACUGAUGAAAAAGAGAAGAAGCUCCGGGGUGAGAACAAACAGCUGGAUGAAGACUUGCAGAAUGCCAGGAGGCAAAGCCAAAUGCUGGAGGAGAGAUUAGAGGCUCUGCACUCAGACUGUGAAGAACUAAAGCAAAGAGAAGAGACCACCAAGGAGUCUUAUGCCUCACUUGAAGGACAGCUGAAGAGUGCCAAACAGCAUAGCUUACAAAUGGAGAAAAGCCUAGGCACCUUGAAGGAAAGUCAGGAGUCUCUCCAGGCACAGCUUACAGAAAAGGAAGUAGAACUGCAAGGCUUGGAGAGCCAGUGUGAGCAGCUGAGAGCAGAAGCUGAAAGACACAGGAAGAAAGAAGAGACUCUUGAAAUAGAAAAGCUCAGUGUUGAAAAGACAUGCCUUCACCAGACAAAGCUUAUUGAAUCCCUCACAUCAGAAAAGGAAUCAGUGGAAAAACAGCAACUACAGCAGGCAGCUUCUCUGGAGAAGGAGGCAAAAGAGCUGGCUUCCAGACUGACCAUGAGUGAAGAGCAGCUGGAGGUCAGCCGAGGGGAAGUGUCUAGGCUGCAAGUGGAAGUCCUCGACCUGCGAGUGAAGCUUCAGCAGACUGCUGAUGAGAGAGAGCAGGUGAGAGGUGAGCUGGCAAUCACAGAGACUGUCUUGGGUGAGCAGAAGGCACUUGUUCAGCAGUUGAAAGAGCAAAGUGAGUCACUCAACAGAAACCACGUGCAAGAACUGCUGCAAUGUAAAGAAAGAGAAGAAAUGCUGAAAAAAGAGCAGGAGACAGCAGGCCAUCAAAAAGCUGAGCUGGAAAAUAACUUGAUGAACUUGAAGGAAGAGCUAUCCAAGGUUAAGCAUUACUUGGAAGUUGCUAGAAUGGAAAACGAAGAAAACAAAGAUCUCCUCCACAGGACCAACACGGAUAUGGCUGAACUUGGUAUUCAGAUUUGUGUCUUGACCUCUGAAAAGGUGGAUGCAGAAGAGCGGGUAGCCCAGGCCACAGAAAGGCUCAAAGAACUGGAAGAACAGGCAACAGAGCAACAAGAGAAGCUGAAGAUUGACAUCUCUAAUCUCAGACAGGAGAACAAAAGCCUGCAAGAGAAAUUAGAGGAGGCUCAAAUAUGUGCCGCAGCUGUCCCAAGUCUGCAAUUGCAGCUGGAGACAGUAAAGAAACAGGCACAGAGUUUCCAAGAGACCAGCCAAGAAGAGCUGUCUGCAAUAAAAUUUCAGAUGAGCACAGAAAUUCUAAAUUAUCAGACAAAAUUCAAGGCUGUCAGCGAAGAGUGUGAGAAACUAAGAGAACAGCUUGAGGAGCAGAAGCGACAGCAGCGUGCUGCAGAGGAAGAGAUUGCAGAAUUACAGGCUGCAAACACGAGUUUGUCUAGAAAGCUGGAUGAAGCAAGAGAGCAGCUGUCUGAAUCAGAAUCUGCUCAGCUGCGGAAGGAAGAGGAGGUGACAUCUCUGAGAGAACUCUUGGAAAGGAUCCAAAAAGAAGCUGAUGAAGCAAAAGAGAAGGUCCUGGAUUACAGUGAGAAGCUCAGCAAAGUUGCAGCAGACAAAGAUAGCAGCGACCAGAAGUUAUUUGCUGAACUGGAUGACCUGACGAGAACAAAACAGUUCCUUGAAGAACGUUUGAUAGAACUUAUCAGAGAUAAAGAUGCUCUAUGGCAGAAAUCAGAUGCUCUGGAGUUCCAGCAGAAGCUUAGUGCAGAGCAGAGGUGGCAGGGGGACACAGAGGUUAAUCACUGUCUGGACUGCCAGAGAGAGUUCUCAUGGAUGGUGCGCCGGCACCACUGCAGGAUGUGUGGUCGCAUUUUCUGCUACUACUGUUGCAACAACUACAUGGUGACAAAGCCUGGUGCAAAAAAGGAGCGUUGCUGCAGAGCUUGCUUUAAUAAGCCUAGAGUCAUUGUGGACAGUACAGAUGACUCUGGAUCCAGUGCCAACCAGGAAGGAUCACCAGCGUCAUUGGAAUCACCUGUGUCACCAUCCGAGAAGGCUUUCGUUGCACCCGACGAUGCAGCAUUUGAUAUCAUCACUGAUGAGGAGCUGUGCCAAGUGCAGGAGUCAGACUCUCUCCACAAUGAAAGUCAGAUGGAGAGAGAUUCUCUGGAUCAAAGCAUGACAGAUCUGUGA